AUGGUUGACAUCAAACAUCCGCGAUGCAACUGUGGCAGAGCACGGCCUUGUUUUGGGAUGCCAGAGGAUGCGCGGGCCUCCUGCUGCGCCAAGUGCAAGCUGGAGGGCAUGGUUGACAUCAUAAACCCGAGAUGCAACUGUGGCAGAGCGAUUCCUUCUUUCGGCAUGCCAAAGGAUGCGAGGGCCUCCUGCUGUGCCAAGUGCAAGCUGGAGGGCAUGGUUGACAUCAUAAACCCGAGAUGCAACUGUGGCCGAGCACAGCCUGCUUUCGGGAUGCCAGAGGAUGCGCGGCCCUCCUGCUGUGCCGAGUGCAAGUUGCAGGGCAUGGUCGACAUCAAGAAUCUGAGAUGCAACUGUGGCAGAGCGAUUCCUUGUUUCGGGAUGCCAGACAAUGCGCGGGCCUCCUGCUGCUCCAAGUGCAAGCUGGAGGGCAUGGUUGACAUCAAAAGUCGGAGAUGCAACUGUGGCAGAGCGAUUCCUUGUUUCGGGAUGCCAGAGGAUGCGCGGGCCUCCUGCUGCGCCAAGUGCAAGUUGGAGGGCAUGGUUGACAUCAAGAAUCCGAGAUGCAACUGUGGCAGAGCACAGCCUGCUUUCGGGAUGCCAGAGGAUGCGCGGGCCUCCUGCUGCGCCGAGUGCAAGUUGGAGGACAUGGUUGACAUCAUAAGUCGCAAAUGCAACUGUGGCAGAGCACGGCCCUAUUUCGGUAUGCCAAAGGACGCGCGUCCCUCCUGCUGCGCCAAGUGCAAGCUGGAGGGCAUGGUUGACAUCAAAAAUCCAAAGUGCUCUGUUUGCGGGAAGCAUGCGAAGUAUCCAGAUGCUGCUGGCAAGCCGCGGCAGCUUUGCGCAGCGCACUCUGCCGAAGUCGGUGCACAUGUGCUAUCCUCUCCGUGCUGGUCACGUGCUGCAAGUGAGUGUUUGGAUCUCCUGGAGGAGGAGCGAGGCUUCAAAUUCCUGUAUCGUCAGAGGUUUGACGAAGCAGCCGGCGCAUGGUCUGGGGAGGAGUUUGCCGGAUUGGUCGCAGAUAGAGCGCUGCGGCCUGACGCGUAUGAUCCGCCGCGGCGGGAGGUUGUGGAAUUUCUGGGGAACUACUACCACGGCUUCCCUCCGAAGCAUCCCGAGCAUCUCAGCUUCACUUGCGUGGGCGGCAAGACAUCGGCAGAACUCCAUCGCGAGACUUUCAAGCGCCUGGACCUCUUCCUGGAGCAAAAUAUGCGUGUCUUCUACGUCUGGGAGCACGAGUUCACCGAGUGGCAGAAGCUGGCAGCCACCGGCGAGGCGCCGCCCAUCUCCCGGAUCCUGCGCCGACACACCUACCAAGAAAGAAGGGAAGAAGGCAGCUGCAAGGCCGAAGCUGCGCGAUGUAAGCUGAAACAGGCCAGUUUGCACGAAGACUUGAAGGGUUCGCGAGAAGGUUCCCACCGGCGCUUGGAGUAUGCCUCAAAGAAGUCUACUAGUUCAAGACUUGAAGGAUGA